AUGAUUCCCUCUACAUUUGCCCCAGGCAUCACGCGGCGGGACACAGCCAAGUCCGGUAGCGGACAUGAAGGGGCAUAUGGAAUCCCGCCUCCAGUUGUCAGCGGAGGGGGCCUUCUAGGCCCGCAAAGUGCCGGCGCAAUCUAUCAACACAUCCAUGAAAUGGCCGCGAAACGGAUAUCGACUCUGGACUAUUUAAGAAAGGCUCAUGAAGGACGAGUUUAUUGGUUUAAUACUGUGCAUUUCUCCCGGGCUGACAUCGCUCGCCUGCCAUACUUUGAAGCCCGGAAACUUUCUCGCCGCGCCAUCAAUUAUUUGCUUCUAGGCUUGUCAUUGCCAACAAUACUUGACGUUAAUUCCACGCCAUUUGAAUAUGUGCGUGCCCUGAAUGCUUUACUACUGGAGUUCGAAGCAUUCCAUUCUGCAAACGAGAUCGGACUUCCAAUGCAGUCCAGUGAUCCAUCAGACUUGAAGAACACGGCAGGGAAUCUCGGCUCGUCUUCCUCUGCCUCGGUCACCUCCUUCCCGCUCACAGAGUCUUCGGAUCUUCAUCCUGGUGAAGAAUACACUUAUCUUCUCACGCCAUCGUUGCCAUUCGAGCCGGACUUCUUUGAGACAUUUGCAACACUUUGUGAUGUCUUAAUUGACACUUAUAGCAGGCUCGCCGCUCUAGUAUCAUCUCCAGCUGUCUGCACAGUGGCACUGGGCGAGACAUUUUCCAAGGCAGAUGCCAAGUUACGAAAGAUCAUGGUGGCCGGCGCAGUGCGUGAGUUCGAAGACGCGAGCCGAAAUACUGUCAAAAGUGAAGUUGCCGGGGUCAGUCGGGUGGUGCUUGGCGGUUUAUUGGGAUAG